AUGAGCAGUACGAGGAGCUGCAAACAGGUCCUAGCAAGCCUGCGUGAUGCACCAAAGCUUCAGGACUGCUUGAAGAUUUGUGGUCUCUGCUACUCGCUCUUCCAUGCGGAAGCCUUAGCGAGAGUGACGAAGACGCAGCUGUUCCGUGAAGUGAAAAUCGAGCAACCACCUGACGUACCAGUCUACACGCGAGUGGAAUGGGGCGCUGCAAAAACCAAAAUCUUUGACCGGUUUCUGGAAAAGGUGCAGAGGAUGCUGGGGGAAAAGUACCUGCACUUCCUGUUCGGACAGGUCGAAAUAGUGCGAGGAUCUCGACUUCAGCGGGUAUACUUCCUCGUGCCAAAGGCCAUCAGGGUUCUGAAGAACCAUUCCUUGGUGCACAAGUGGCAGGAGGAGUGCCUGGUCAACGUGAAGCGCACUUCGCCUGAGGCACAGAUCGACGAUUUUGCAGACUUGGUGAACGGAGAGUACAUAUCCUUUGUGCAGAAGCAGUUCGACCUUCUAGGAAAGCCCUGGCCCUUCAACAGAGCUGGAGAAGUCAUCGCGCUCUGCAUCAACUCGACAAUGUUGACAACUGCAAUCAUCAACAGCAUCCUCGUCUUCGUGUACACGAGCUCUUACUCCGAGCAUUCAAUUCUUGAACAAGACAUCCACUAUCCGAAUCAGCUUUCAGUGUACAUUCUGACCUUCUUCGCUGGCAUUCACUUCAGCCUGUCACUGCUGUGGCUUGGAUUCUAUGUGCUCUCAUACAGCGGCUGGAUCAUUGAGACGAAGGUGGAUAAAUGGCGGGACGAGAACCCGCAACUACAGAGCCAACUGAACAAUCCGCUCUACAGGCUUUCCUUGCAGGCCAAGUUCUUCUGCAGUGAUGGGCAGCUUCUCUACACGCUGUUCCUGCUGGCGUUCUCCUUUUUGGGACUCUUCGUCAGCUUCCUCUUCAAUGCCGUGAACACAAUCGACUUGUGCAUGCGCAUCCCCAUCUUGGCGAAAGUGAUCGAGUCAAUGACACAAAGUGUGGAACAAGUCGCCGGCACCAUGGUGCUGGGCUUCUGCAUCCAGUACAUUGCAGUUGGUGCGGGGUUCCUUCUCUUCAGUCAAGGCUAUGGAUUCGCUGACAAGGACACCUCCGGCUGUUCCACCUUGAUGGAGUGCCUUCGUGCCCACUUCGACUACGGCUUCAGAAGUGCCCCAGUGUGGGGCAGCCCAAAGCUCACCUACACCCGCUUCACGUUCGACUACAUCUACAAUUUGGUCAUCAUUCUCAUCAUGGCAGCAAUCAUAUCAGGCAUCAUCAUCGAUGCAUUUGCAGACUUAAAGGAAGAGCAGAAGAGCAUCGAGGACAAGAUGAAAUCUAGCUGCUUCAUUUGUUCGCUGAGCAAGUCUGAGCUGGAGCGCAAGCGGGUGAAGUUUGAGAACCACAUCUUGAAGGAUCACUACAUGUGGGCCUAUGCCCGCUUCCUUCUCUACCUGGAAGAGACAGACCCCGCCGAGCUGAACGGCCCGGAAAGCUACGUAAAGCAGCAGAUCAAGGAAAACAACACUGGCUUCUUCCCCAUAGCUCGCUGCAUUGCCAUGGAGUCAAGUGAUGCUGGAGAAGAGCACCUCGAGAGGGAAGUUCGGGUCAAAGAUCUGGAUGAGUUCAAAGAAAAGAUCAACGCCAUGGCAGAAGACACAGAGAUCAUGGUGCAGACGGAGCGCGGAAUGAAGGCAGACAUGAAGGAGCUGCGGGAUGUUGUGACACAGCAGUCACAGAAAGUGCAGGCCUUGAACUUACUUCUCGCAUCGGAUGAAGACGGCGAUAAGAAGAAAAAGAAAAAGGCAAAAGGCUAA